ACGGGCAGAAACCCGGUCGCCUCGCCGGUACGAUGACCGCGGUCACCCCGGGCGCCGUCCUCCGCGCCAUCACCGCCUUCUUCGACGAAGCCCUCUCCCAGCCCGACCUCCGCCACCGCAUCCUUUCCGCCGCCCGCCGCCGCCCGCCCUCCCCUGACCCCGCCUCCCUCCAAGCCCUCUCCUUCCUCUCCCAAGACGUCGACUCCUCCGCCGCCACCUCUCCGGCCCGGCCCUCCCCCUCCGCCCUCCGCGCCGCCGAGAAGCUCCUCCUUUCUCUCCCCAGACGGUCUCCCCUCUCGGUGCUCCUCCUCUCCCUCAUCCACGCCCUCCGCCGCCGUCCCGCCGCGGCCGCCCUCGCCCUCCUCGAUCUCUUCGCCCUUGACCCUGCUCUUGCCCGCGACGAUGUCGCGCCCUCCGUCUUCGAGGACCUCUUCUUGCCCCACCUCCUCCCCCUCCUCCAUUGGUUCGCCGACCAGCGAGCCCGGAUCCUGUCCUCCGACUCGUCCUCACCGGCUCUGGCGGCCGCGUCGGCGGUGGAGGAUAAUGGGUGCUCGGAGGCGGCUGCCGCCGUGAGCCUGCUCUCGAGGAUGAGCGGGGGGCAGGCGGCGGAGCUGAAGAAGUUGGAGAGAGAGUACGAGGACGUUCUUGAUGCCAACGCUAGGGUUUAUGCAGAGUACCUUAAGGAGGUUUUAGAAUCGGCCGAUGGAAGCCGGCAAGCUCGGGGCCCACCGCAGCUAAUUCUUAGGAUGUUCGAUGGUGAGGGAGGGGAAAAUGAGGAGGGAGUGGAGGAGGAAGAGGAGAGUCAGGAGGCAAUUGGAUUAAGAAGUGGGCAGGGACGGUAUAAUCCAUUAUGGGCUGAUGCAGAUCAGUCUAUUGAUUUGUCUAGCAGGCAGCACAGUAGCAAAAGUCCAAAAAAACUUGCAAAUCUUCCAUCUUUAUAUCCUCAAAGAGUCCCUAUACAUCUGCUCAUCAGGCAACCUUCUAGUGAUGGCAGAGAUUGUGCAGCAAACCUGAUUUCUGAUAGUGGCCCUGCCUUCUCUUGUAAUGACAACUCAGUGGAUUCCUCUUCUGAAAUUGACCCUGAUAUAAAGGAAAAGAACAUAGAUCAGGCCUUGUUGCAGCCCAAUGAAAUCCAACACCACAGGCAUGAGGAAGCGUCUGCCCAAGACACAUGUUCUUCAAGUCCUCCAAUGGAUGAUUCUGAUAGCAUCCUUGCCCUUGGCAAACAAACUCCUCCUAAGGACUUUAUCUGCCCCAUAACUAGCAACAUAUUUGAUGACCCUGUGACACUCGAGACUGGCCAGACCUAUGAACGUAGAGCUAUCCAAGAAUGGCUGGACCGGGGGAAAUCAACAUGCCCAAUCACUCGUCAAAAGCUUCAUAGCACCCAGUUGCCCAAAACUAACUAUGUGCUCAAACGGCUUAUAGCCGGCUGGCAGGAAAGGAACCCCUAUUCAACUCCAAUCAGAAUGGAAAAUCCUCCCUCAAAGAAUGUCCAAGAUCUGAAUACGCCGAGGCAUUUACCUUCUCCAACUAGUGUCAUAACUCAAGCUUCCACUGAUGGAAUAACUGGUGAUCUACGUAUUGCAAUAUCACACCUAUGUACAUCUGAGAUUCUGGGCGAGUCUGAAAUGGCUGUUCUCCAGAUCGAACAGUUCUGGAGGGAAAGCAGGAUGGAACCUGAGAUCCUAGCAGCACUUUCAAAACCUGCAGUUGUCAAUGGUUUUGUAGAAAUCUUGUUCAACUCUGUCAACCCCCAUGUGCUGAGAGUGACAGUAUUCCUGCUAUCUGAGCUGGCAUCCAAGGACAAAUCUGUUGUUCAGACACUCACCCGGGUUGAUUCAGAUGUAGAGUGCAUGGUUGCUCUCUUCAAGAAGGGAUUGGUUGAGGUUGUGGUGUUGAUUUAUUUGUUAACUCCUUCAUGGGAGAAUCUCAUUGAAAUGGAUAUGCUAGAGGCCCUAAUGAUGACUAUUAAAAGAGAGGAAGAAGAUUUGUUGGGAAUGUGUGUUAAGCCCAAGACUGCUUCAAUUUUUAUUUUGGGGCAUAUUCUGAGACGAGAAGAUCAUAAAAGUGCACCCACAAUUGUUGGCGUGCUAAUUUCUGAAAGAGUAGUUGAGAGUGUGAUUCCAAGCUUGGAAGCAGACUUGGUGGGGGAGCAGAUCACUGCAGUUGGGAUCUUGCUGAGAUGCAUGAAGGAGGAUGGGUAUUGCAGGAACAUUAUUGCUGAUAAAGCUGAGUUAGGACCUGUUUUAGAAAGCUUUGCUAUGGUGAGUGAUGUGGACCAGUUCGAGAUUAUUCAAUUCCUUUCUGAGCUAGUGAAGCUAAACAGGAGGAAGCUCAACGAGCAGCUUCUUCAUAUCAUAAAGGAUGAAGGUGUUUUCAGCACAAUGCAUAUGCUCCUUGUCUAUCUACAGUCACCUCUGCAGGAUCAGUCCCCUGUUGUUGCUGGUCUUCUUCUCCAGCUUGAUCUUUUGGUGGAACCAAGAAAGAUUAGUGUGUAUCGUGAAGAGGCCAUAGAUGCUCUUAUUUCAUGCCUGAGAAAUCCAGAUUUUCCAAGUGCUCAACUGUUGGCUGCUGAAACGAUCUUGUCUCUCCAAGGCAGUUUUUCAUCCUCUGGGAAACCACUUGCUCGAGCUAUUGUUUUAAAGCAUGCAGGAAUGAAAAAAAGCUACAGAGCAUUAAUGCGAGCAGAACAGAGCACCUAUGUUCCUGAGGAUUCUGAAGAUAAUUUGGAGGAAGAGAAGGCUGCUAAUGACUGGGAGAGAAAAAUGGCAUAUGCUUUAGCCAGCCAUGAAUUUGGGUUACUUUUUGAAGCUUUAGCUGGCGGUCUGAAGAGUAGAAAUAUAGAGAUAUUCUCUGCAUGUCUUGUAUCUGCCACUUGGCUCACUCACAUGCUCUCUCUUCUUCCUGAUACUGGGAUACGAGGAGCCGCAAGGGUUUGCUUGCUAAAACAAUUUGUUUCAAUUCUCAAGUCUGCAAGGCAUACUGAUGACAAAGCACUUGCCAUGCUUGCUCUGAGAAGCUUUAUGCAUGACCCUGAGGGAUUGCACGACCUCAAUCUCCACAUUAAGGACAUAUUGAAAGCAUUAAGAGAGCUUAAGAAGUCUACUGUUUUAGCAUAUGAAAUGCUAAAACUUCUCUCAGAUGGACAAGAUUCCAGCGUUGAUAUCUGGAAUCAUAAGGAGUUGGUUCAAGUUGAUUGCAGCACACAUGGAGAAGUGUUGGCAAUAAUUUGCUUCAAGAAUAGGAUAUUCUCUGGACACUCAGAUGGAAUGAUAAAGGUCUGGGAAGGGAAUGAGAACCUUCUUCAUCCUGUCCAUGCAACACGUGAACAUUCAAAGGCAGUCACCAGCUUGGCAUUAUCAAAUUCUGGAGAGAAACUAUACAGUGGUUCGCUUGACAAGACUGUGAGAGUUUGGUAUGUUCGAGAUAGGCAGAUUCAUUGUGUAGAAAUUCAUGACAUGAAAGAUCCAGUUCAUAAUCUCACCGUUGCAAAUACCAUCGCUUGUUUUAUUCCACAUGGAGCUGGUGUCAAGGUGCUAUCUUGGAAUGGAGGCUGCAAACUUCUAAAUCCAAGCAAAUAUGUGAGGUGUUUGGCUCUUGUACAAGGGAAGCUCUACUGUGGAUGUCAUGAUGGUAGUAUCCAGGAAGUUGAUUUGGCUACUGGAACAUUUGGUACAAUUCAAUCAGGUAACAGAAAGUUGCUGGGAAAAGCAAAUCCAGUCCAUGCAGUGCAAGUUCAUGAUGGACUGCUCUAUGCAGCCUGCACUUCUUUAGAUGGAGCAGCAGUUAAGAUAUGGAGUGCUUCAGAUUACAGCCUUGUUGGAUCUAUAUCACCUACUGUUGAAGUGCGAUCAAUGGCUAUCAGCACAGAAUUGUUAUAUUUGGGUUCUAAGACUGGAGUUGUUGAGAUUUGGUCCAAGAACAAGCUUACCAGGGUAGGAACUCUUCAGACAGCCACCAAUUCGAAGGUCCAAUGCAUGGCUGUUGAUGCUGAUGCAGAAAUUUUGGUCGUAGGAACAUCUGAUGGCAACAUUCAGGCCUGGGGAUUGACCUGAAGAAGGAUGAAUGAAUAUAAAUAAAUAGGUAUUUUUACAUAGAAAAUAAAGAAAAAUUGAAUUGCUUUUUUGUUUCUUUGAUAUUUUUUCUCCAUAAGCUUUCUUCCUUCUGGUGAUAAUGAUUGGAAAAUUGUACAUAUCUAUUAUGUUGUAAUGAUCAUUCUUUCAGCCAUUUGUGAACGUAUAUAAGUAAACUCAGACUUAAUGUUGUUAAAAUCUUCAAAUUAUGCUUUCA